AUGCAUCAUGAUAUUCGUCUUCUCAGCUAUCUUAUGCUCAUGAAAUUAGCAAUGCUCUGCCCGAAUCAGUUAGUACAGCGUCUCGAUAAGAUCUGCGAAUCAUUGAAGGAUAUGCAUCAUGAUAUUCGUCUUCUCAGCUAUCUUAUGCUCAUGAAAUUAGCAUUGCUCUGCCCAAAUCAGUUAGUACAGCGUCUCGAUAAGAUCUGCGAAUCAUUGAAGACUCAGUUACAAAUCAAACCAAAGACAAAUGCAGUAAAACAAGAAAUUGACAAACAGGAUGAACUCAAGCGAGCUGUUAUUCGAGUGGUUUUGGCUUUACAGAAAAUUCCGGAUGCUGAACGACAUCAACAGCUUGCAGAUGUUGCUGCUAUGAUGCGAUCUUCAGCAGAACUUCGUGCACUCACUGAGAUUGUUCAGCGUGAUGCCAUGCGAACGUUUGCAGCAGGCGACGUACCUAUGGAAACAAUCUAA